AUGGUUCUUCCGGUCGACCGCCGCACAGCAGAAACAGACAUCCCAAAAAACCCACCAAAAAAAGAACAUCCCGCUAUAGGUAGCGAUCACGAUAAACUCGCCCUCAUUGCCACCGUCUGUGCCAGCUGCACCUCCUCAUCUUCUCUUCUCCCUACCUGCACACGACGACUUAACAAAAUGGGUGUCGCUUUUGACAAGUGUGAUACGCGGCCGGCGCAUAUCGAUGCCAUCCUCAACGGCCUGGACAGAUACAACCCCGAGACUACCACAGUAUUCCAAGACUAUGUUGUCCAGCAAUGCGAAGAGCGCACAUUCGACUGCUACGCCAACCUGGCUCUGCUGAAGCUCUACCAAUUCAACCCUCACCUCCUCCAGCCCGAAACCGUUACCAACAUCCUCGCCAAGGCGCUCACCGUCUUUCCCUCGCCUGCCUUCUCCCUCUGCCUUGCCCUCCUCCCCGCCCACACCCAGCCCUUCCCCACCGCCGACACCGACGCCUCCCAGACCUCCGACUUCGUGGAAUCCAUCCAGAAGCUCGCCCGCCUGUCCACUCUCCUCGAGUCCGCCCAGUACGCCCAGUUCUGGUCGACCCUGAACUCCGAUGACCUGUACGCGGACCUGGUCGCCGAUGUCGCCGGCUUCGAGGAGCUCGUGCGUAUUCGUAUCGCCAUCGAAGUGGGCAAGGCCUUCCGGGAGAUCAACGCCGAGGUGUUGGAGCAGUGGCUUGACCUGCGCAGCCGCGAGGCGCUCGAGAAGUUCGUCACCGAGGUCUGCAGCUGGGAGGUGGACAAGACUGGCCCCAACGGGACUGUUGUCAAGGUGCCCACGAACAAGGAGAACGAGGCGCGCAGCGAGGUCAAGAGCGAGCGCGUGGGUGUGGAGAUGUUCGGCCGUGUGAUCAGACGGGGUUUCGAGCAGGCCGCAUGA